CCCCAAGGUCUUGCCUUCCUACAUUCACGUCAAAGAUGCCGUCCUUUCUCUCAUCUUUCUUUUCUUUCCUUUCUGUCCUUUCCCAGUUCCCACCCCGAAAAAUAAGUAUUUCACCUUUCCCCUUCUCUUGAUUCUUGACUUUUAUCUCUUCCUCUUAUCCUUCUUCCAUCUUCUUCCAUCUAUACUUUGAUACUUCCCAUCCUUUCCCCAUCACCAACUCAAAACAUACUUCCUUCCACCGUCCAUCUUUAUCUCCAACAUCAAUCCUAUCCAUCUAUUAUCUAUCCAAUAGCAUCGAUCAAUUGAUGAUAAAAUAGUUACCUUAAAGUCGCGUCUUCUUUUGAUCAUCUCGCCAUCUAUUCAACAAUUAUAAACCAUCCUCUUUUUUAUUCAUCAUGGGUUCCUUCUCUCAUCAAUCCUUCUCUCAAUCUUCCCCCGUUCUUGCUAUGACACCGCAACUACCGCCUCAGCCUUCUUUCAAUAGACCAUCGUUUACCUCACCUUUCGUAAAGGCCCCUCUGUCAUCAGCACCUCAAAGUUCUUGGCUCACUCCGACGUCCGCACCUCAAUCAGCCGCAGGUCGCAAACGUUCACGCGACGAGGCUGAUUUUGAAGACGAGGAAUAUUUUUCACAGGCACCCGUCGAGCCAGUAAUUGUUGAGAACGAAGAGGAAUGGGAAUAUGGACCAGGAAUGACACUUAUCAAACCAAGCAAGGGCUACAUCUUGUCUGCAGAUAGUCAAACUGGUACAUGGUUGGAAGAGGAAGAAGCCGAAAUUAAGGCACAAGCAGCGUUGCGCGCGGCCAGCCCAGAAAGACCAAUAUUACGUUCGGCAAAGAGUCAAAGAAUUGAUCUGGGCUCCACACCAUCAAUCACCGAAGAGAUAAAGGUUGCAAAUAGUUUACUCUCAACACAACUCCAAGCUGGAGGUGUUGGCCCCGUCCAGCCUUCUAUCGAUGAGUACACUCGACACUUGGGUAUCGGCUGGUCAAAGCUAAGCCCCGACGAAGAUAUUCAGGCUGCGGUUCGUGGCUGGACAAAAUAUAUCGAGAAUCACUAUCCUGUCAACAAUGCGAUCAUUCGAUUGCAAAGUAGAGGUCUAGCUAGUUAUCUCGUCGAAGCCCAAGAAGGCUACUUUUUAUUUGGAGAUGACCUCAAACAAGGAAGAUUGGUGAGCACCAGCUUGGAGAAGACUUUUGAAAACCUCCGAGGACCAGUUCCUAUAUUUGAGGGUGAUAUGGUGAUUGAGGCUAGCGAAACACCAAAGGCUAGCAGUCCAAUUAUCAAUGCUAUGACAAAUGCACACGUUGAAGAAAUGAUGACGGAUGAAAAUCCUACGACUGAUCUCCCAAACCAUGUUGUGGAGGUUGAGAUGGAUAUGAGUUAAAUGCGAUUUACGGCCUUGGGCACCAAUGUACAAAAUGAAAUGGGUAUUCCUAAAGUUACAGGACACGGAGUUUUGCUAGUUUCACUGCAUUCGAAUUUGCAUAUGGGAUUUUGGAAUUAGGAUCAUCCACAAGGCUACCUGGCUAGGUCUAGCCUAAAUUUGUAACAUAGAAUAGGAGGGAGGUAGGUCAUGGGUUCGCUGGCUUUGCAUACUUUGCAAGACGUUUUUGCUUUCGUUGGCACGAGUUUAGUAGUCAAAGCCUAACAUGAGAGCAAGCUGUCGCACAAAUCUUAAAUACAAAAGUCUGUUGUAUCCUGAAAUAUUUUAUCCUUUAAAAUGAAGCGAACUGAUACGAACUUGUGGGCGCAACAAUGGUGAGCUUGGGAAAUUCGGGGCCUAAGGUUACUCAUCCAAGGUUGCUCGUCCAACCAGAUGGUGUGACGGAGAAGC